AUGACAACGCAGUCUGGUGUGCAAAGUGGUGCAGGAAGUGGUGGUCGUGUGUCUGUAAGAGAUUUGUGUUGCCUUUUUUGUUGCCCACCAUUGCCUUCAUCAAUUGUUUCCAAAUUAGCCUUCAUGCCACCUGAGCCAAGUUAUCGAAUUGUUAAACAUGACUCCCACGUAACUACGUUAGAAUUAGUGGAAGGACGAGCAGACUGGCCACAUGGUUAUGAUGAACUUCGUAAUAUUGAUGUCUUUCAUACACGCACACGAAGAAGGAAUGACAUUGUUUGUAUGUACGUUAAACCCUGUGGUGAUGCACAUUUCACUUUGUUAUUUUCACAUGGCAAUGCAGUGGACAUUGGACAGAUGUGUAGUUUUUACUAUGGACUCGGUUUUCGUCUCGGAUGCAAUAUUUUUAGCUACGAUUACUCGGGAUAUGGUUGCUCUAGUGGGAAACCUUCAGAAAAAAAUUUGUACGCUGAUAUUGCGGCAGCUUUAGCAGCUUUGCGUUCUAGAUAUCAGAUGCCUUUAAAUCGAAUCAUUUUAUAUGGCCAAUCGAUUGGAACAGUUCCAAGUGUGGAUUUGGCAAGCAUUGAAGGUUCUGUUGCUGCACUCAUAUUGCAUUCACCGUUGAUGUCUGGUAUGCGUGUAGCAUUUCCUGGAACACAGCGUACGUGGUGUUGUGAUGCAUUUCCAUCAAUCGAUAAAGUACCACGUGUACGAUGUCCAACUCUCGUAAUUCAUGGGACUGAUGAUGAAGUGAUUGAUUUUUCUCAUGGUGUAUCAAUUUACGAACAUUGUCCCUCAUCUGUUGAGCCGCUUUGGGUAGCUGGUGCAGGUCAUAAUGAUGUUGAACUUCAUGCUGCAUAUCUUGAUCGCCUUAGAGCAUUUAUUGAAAAUGAAGCUUAUAAAGGCAGAGAAAUUAGUACUACAACAACUACAGCAACGUCGGCUGGUUCGCGUGUCACCUCUUAA